AUGUGGGAGCCACACUCGCACUUGGCCUGUGUUUAUCUGCCUGCCGAUAAACAUGCCCCAGCUCUGCCCAAGUGGCCCGACAGCAUCCCCGCACAGGCGCCCCCAGCCCGGCCCGCGCGCCAGCCCACGGGAGCUGCGGCCAGCACCCAGGCCGACUCUGCAGACAACAGAUGCUCGCCGAAAGGGGCGCGGGGGCGGGGCGGGCUGCGCAGCCCGGCCUUCGCUCUGGCAUCCUCCUCCCUCGCGCGCACCAGCUCCUGCCAGCUGCGCCCACAGUGGAAGGAGCCGGGCGGCGACUCGCUUGUUCCCUUCGCACGACAGCGACCGGGGCUCGGACUGUGCCCUGGGAACCGGCCGGCGGCGAGCGGGCAGUUCCGGCAGCCCGCGGCGGUCCGUCGUGGAGGGAGUCCACGACUCCUGGCUGCCUCCACGUCGCGGCUGGCCCCCCUCACGACGCCGUCUCCCCAGUGGAGGAGGGGCGGGGCGGCUCGGGCCCCGCGGAGGCUGCAGGCGGGCGCAGGGGCGCAGGCACGCGGGCUGCACGGGGCUCUGCGGUGCCCCCCACCCCGGCUCCAAAUGAGCUCCGUGGCUCCAUCAGGCUCUCGGUUAGAAAACCCAGUUUCCGCCGAGAUUGGGGCACGGAUCUCCUUCCCCUUGCCGGUGCGGGGACGUAGCCCCGAGGCGGGACCCGUGGCGCACCGCCGACUGGCGCUCAGGCCCUGCGGCGGUCCACCUGCCUCGCCCCCACGCCACCACCUCCAGGAAGCCCUCCACCUGCCUCGCCCUCACGCCACCACCUCCAGGAAGCCCUCCGGAGCGCCUCCAGGCUCGGGUCCCGGGCCCCGCCCCAGCACGCUGAAAACCAACCGGGCUGCGAAGGCGGCAAUGGGCUGCACCUACGGGCCCCCGCCCCGCGCAGUCGGACCGCUCCCCGGGUGCCCAGUCGCCCAGCCUGUGGCCAGAGAAGCAUCCGGCCCCGAUACCAGUUUCUCCCGGCGCCUGCCUCCCUGCCUCCCGCUGCCAUGCCACAAAUGCGUCAGGCGCGACCGCAUCGCUGGGGGUGCCCGCGGGCCACUGCUGCGGGACACUUGCGCACAGGCCCUGUCUCCCCUGUCUCCCGGGGGCCCAGGGACGGCGGCCGUGGAUGGGCUGCGGGUUCCCACUUGA